GAUGGUAGAUGGAAAGGGCGACUCUGAUUGGCCAGUCUUGCUUGAGUCAAACCGGGCGUCCGAAAAGAGGAAAGCGCGGGCGGCGAGCUUUCCCUGACGUCCUUGGUACAAAUUGCGGGCAAAAGAACAUGUGAGAGAAUUGCAAGAAGCAAGAAGCCCACCCUCUGCCUUUUGCCUGCACAUCCAAUCAACCACCACACUUUCGCCCAACUUAUACUCUUUCACCAGAAACAAUCCUCACGACUACCGACUAAAUCAACCAAUCAUGGCUGUCCGCGCUCAAUUCGAAAACUCCAACGAGGUUGGUGUCUUCUCUACCCUCACAAACUCUUACGCCCUCGUUGCUGUCGGUGCAUCCGAGAACUUCUACAGUGUCUUCGAGGCCGAACUCCAGGACGUUAUCCCCAUCUGCCACACCACCAUCGCCGGCACUCGCAUCAUUGGUCGCCUCACAGCCGGCAACCGCAGAGGUCUCCUCGUUCCCACCAGCACAUCAGACCAAGAGCUGCAACACUUGCGCAACAGCAUACCCGACGAUGUCAAGAUCCAGCGCAUCGAGGAGCGCCUGUCCGCACUCGGCAACGUCAUUUGCUGCAACGACCACGUCGCCCUUGUCCACCCCGAUCUGGAGCGCGAGACCGAGGAGAUCAUUGCCGAUGUUUUGGGUGUCGAGGUUUUCAGACAGACAAUCGCCGACAACGUCCUUGUCGGUUCCUACAUGAGCUUGAGCAACGCUGGUGGUAUCGUCCACCCCAAGACCAGCAUCCAGGACCAGGAUGAGUUGAGUUCGCUUCUCCAGGUUCCUCUCGUUGCCGGUUCCGUCAACAGAGGUUCGCCCGUCGUCGGUGCCGGUAUGGUCGUCAACGACUGGAUGGCCGUCACCGGUCUGGAUACCACUGCCACCGAGCUCAGCGUUGUCGAGUCCAUCUUCAAGCUUGGCGAGGGUAUGGGUCCCUCGGCCAUCAACACCACCAACAAGGACACCAUGGUCGAGUCCUUCUACUAGACGCUCAUUCUGCUUGUCAAACCACCAUAAAAGAACUUUCUCGGUUUCAUCGGCUUCUCAUUCGAAUCUACACGCGCUCCUGCGUUCGGUCCAUGGCCUUCGUCUUGGUUGCGCCCGACAUGCCCAGUGCGCGCACGCAACAGGCAAGACCGGCCCUCACGCCACAGACGGCCACCUCACAGAGUGGUGCGAAAGGAAUUUGCUGCGGCGGGAAAGAGGAAAAGGACGCGUUGACAUGGGAGUUGUGGACAUCGUACACACUUGCGUACUAGAUACCCUUUUCGAGAUCAGACAAAAGGCUGGCUUCGAUCUCCUCUUGAGAUCUUUGCAUAUAUUUGACUUUUAUGACCUCUCGCAUUGUAUCGUUCCCUCGUUCUCCCUCUCUGACCUAACAGACGUGCUUUCAAGCUGUCGGCAUUCAAAAUUGUGAUGGAGUGACUGCCGUUCCGACUCAUGACAGCUCGCUGUACUCAUCACCC